ACCACGAACCGGAAAAGAUCGCGCAACCCCGCGUUCACAACCCGGAAGUAGAUGCUUCUCACGGAAGCCGGCUUUGGCCCUGCGGCUCCUGCAGUCGCCGCGGAGAAAUUGUUGGAGCUGGCAGCCUAGGAAUGACUCUCUACUCGACUUCUAAGCUCUCUUGGUCAGAAUCCUUGGAUGAGCGUGCGGGACCCUUCCUCCUAGCCCUGUGGUUUGGAGUCAGUGGCUUUGGGACAGAGAGAGGAUGGACAAAGAGCCACAAUUGACUGACUUGCUGCUGAGCUGCUGCUCUUUGGCACGCUACAUUUUGAUGGCAGAGGGAGCAGUUAUGCCCAGAGCCCUGUGUGUCGGCAUCACCAGUCUGACCUGAGCACCAUGUGCUGCACGACAUGACACGUGGCACCGGGAGAACUGCCCAGCGUGGAAGGUCUGGGCCAGAUUCCCAGGGGCUGCUAGAUUCAUCCCUGAUGGCAUCAGGCACUGCCAGCCGUUCAGAGGAUGAAGAGUCACUGGCAGGACAGAAGCGAGCCUCCUCCCAGGCCCUGGGUACUAUCCCUAAACGGAGAAGCUCUUCCAGGUUCAUCAAAAGGAAAAAAUUUGAUGAUGAGCUGGUAGAGAGCAGCCUGGCCAAGUCUUCUACCCGGGUGAAGGGGGCCAGUGGAGGAGAGUCAGGCCGCUGUUCAGGGAGCGAGCCCUCCUCUAGUGAGAAGAAGAAGGUAUCGAAGGCCCCCAGCACACCUGUGCCACCCAGCCCUGCCCCAACCCCUGGACUCACUAAGCGUGUGAAGAAAAGCAAACAGCCACUUCAGGUGACGAAGGAUCUGGGCCGAUGGAAGCCUGCAGACGACCUCCUACUCAUCAAUGCUGUACUGCAGACCAAUGACCUGACAUCCGUCCACCUGGGUGUGAAGUUCAGCUGUCGUUUCACCCUUCGGGAAGUUCAAGAGCGUUGGUACGCCCUGCUCUACGACCCUGUCAUCUCCAAGCUGGCUUGCCAGGCCAUGAGGCAAUUGCACCCAGAAGCCAUUGCAGCCAUUCAGAGCAAGGCACUGUUCAGCAAGGCUGAAGAACAGUUGCUGAGCAAAGUAGGAUCGACCAGCCAGCCCACCUUGGAAACCUUCCAGGACUUGCUACACAGACACCCUGAUGCCUUCUACCUGGCUCGUACUGCCAAGGCUCUGCAGGCCCACUGGCAGCUCAUGAAACAGUAUUACCUCCUUGAGGAUCAGACAGUGCAGCCACUGCCUAAGGGGGACCAAGUGCUAAACUUCUCUGAUGCAGAGGACCUGAUUGACGACAGUAAGCUCAAGGACAUGCGAGAUGAAGUCCUGGAGCAUGAGCUGACAGUGGCUGACCGGCGGCAGAAACGAGAGAUCCGGCAGCUGGAACAGGAACUGCAUAAGUGGCAGGUGCUUGUGGACAGCAUCACAGGCAUGAGCUCUCCAGACUUCGACAACCAGACCCUGGCCGUGUUGCGGGGCCGCAUGGUGCGAUACCUAAUGCGUUCUCGUGAGAUCACCCUGGGCAGAGCAACCAAGGACAACCAGAUCGAUGUGGACCUGUCUCUAGAAGGUCCAGCCUGGAAGAUCUCCCGCAAGCAAGGUGUCAUCAAGCUGAAAAACAAUGGUGACUUCUUCAUUGCCAAUGAGGGCCGGCGGCCCAUCUAUAUUGAUGGCCGGCCUGUGCUGUGUGGUUCCAAGUGGAGGCUUAGCAACAACUCUGUGGUGGAGAUCGCCAGCCUGAGAUUUGUCUUCCUCAUCAACCAGGACCUCAUUGCCCUCAUCCGGGCCGAGGCUGCCAAGAUCACACCACAGUGAGGCGGGUAGCAGAAACCAGGGCAUCCUCUAGCCUCAGUUUCCCCUGUCAUUCCAGCUCCCUUGAGCUGGGAACUCAGGCUCCUGGAAAACCCUUCUACCCAGAGUGGGUAGUGGAGGCCCAACUGCUGGCCCAUUGAUUUGAGCCUUUGAGGCAAGGUGGGAUCACCAUGGGGAAGCAAGGAGAGGCUGGGACCCCUGAGCCUCCCCAGAGCCAGAGCCCCCAUCAUUGCCACAUCACUCCUGUGUCUCCAGUGGGUCAGCUUUAGACUCUUCUUUUUUGUUUUUCUUUUUGUAAAUAAAAAGCACCAAGUUCCAAAGUA